AUGCUGCUGCAAAAAUGGGAAACAAACAAACAAAAAAAAAAGAAAACUCUUGUUCGGAAUUCUUAUAAAUAUCAAAUAAUGCAAAUAUCUGACAAGUUGAAUAUGAAGAUACUCCUAUUUGGUAUAAUUGCAUUUGGUAUAAUUAUAGAUUUUUCCAAUUAUACUCCGAUAUCAAUUCCAACUAUUACAUCUUCAUCAUCAUCUUCUAGUGGUACAAUAUCAAAUCAUGUAGAUGAAGGUGAAACCUAUCCUUAUUCGUCAAUGUUUAUGAAAAGUAUUAAUGAUAAGAGGGCAAUUGAAUGCAUGAAAUAUGUUGAAUCAACAUCAUUUAAAUUUAAGAAUUGUACUAUAGUAACUAAUCAUAAUUCAUGUAUUUGUUAUUUUAUGAAAUUAGUUACUCAAGAAUGUGAAACUUUACGUGAUGAUCAAGAUUGGUAUUUAGAAAAUUUAAAUCAUUCUGAAUGUACACCGAUUUGA